AUGCAAAUUUUUUUCAUAUUCUUCUUUAUUCAUAUUCACAUAAUUGUGUUCUCGAUAAAAACUGAAAUAAAAUUUAGUCUUAAUGUUCCAUCAUUAUUUCGAUGUAAACGAAAUGGACGUGUUUUUUAUUUUGAUAAUUUUCCAACAGAUCGAUUAUUUAAUCAAACUAUAACAAAUCAAAUCAAGAAUUGUGAUUUAUCUUUGAUAACACCAGAUAAACGUAUUAUAUUUGAUGUUGACAAACUUAUUUCACAAUGUAAUUUUCAAUUUUCAAACUUAGAAGAUCGUAUUAAUGAAAUAUUAUUUUUUAAAUCAAAUUGUUCAAUAGAUGAUCGAUGUAUACGAUUAACACCAUCAUUUGCAACAAUAAUUACAAAUCAUAGAACUACCAUAUCAAACAAACCAACAUUAAUCGAUUUUGAUAUAAGAGGAAUUGGAACAGAAAAUAUUCAAAUAGGUGAAGAAGAUCAAUAUGUUUUUUCUUCGAAUGAUGAUGGUUAUACAAAAAGAGGUUUUAGGAAAAAUCAAAUCGUUUUUAAAAUGAAACAAGAUAAAUAUCUAAAUAUGAUGUGCGAAUAUACUUAUAUAAAUGAUCCAAAAAAUAAAAAAUCUAUUUGUCGUUUUCAAUAUGGGAUUUUCAAAAAUUUUAUUCAAAUAAGAAGUGGAAAAAUGACUUCAUCAGGAGAAGGUUGGACAUGGCUAUGUUAUUAUUAUCCAUCGGAUGCCGAAGAUCCAAUGGAUGACACCAUGAUUAGUAAAGCUAUAGAAGAUUUGGAAAAAACAAAUUUAUCUACAGUUCGUAUUUCACCGGUAUAUCAACUUUCGAACUUAACCGAAUUCUUAGAUAAUUCUUCAAUGCCAUUAAAUCAGACGAAUAAAGGCUCAUUAAUGCCCAUAUUUAUUCUUCUAUUGAUACUAAUUAUUGUUGGUGGAAUAUUUUAUAUCUAUAAAAAAAACUACCAAGUUGAAUUAAAAGCAUCUGAUGAUUCUGUUCUUGCACGAUCAUCAGUAGAAUCACAAAAUUCUAUUGUAUCGAAUGAGAGUUUGUUGAACCAAAUUUUUUUUGAAUAA